CUUUGUUCAUAUUACGGGCAGAGUAAGCAGGUGUUAGGGCUAGAAUACCCCUCAUAUUUGCAACAAAGAACAAUAGCAGAUACCUGAGCAGUCUAUCACUAGAAGAACCCGGCCCGUUCCGAGUAUUGUCGAAACCUACCUACCACAGGCACAUUCCUACAAAGAAACAGCCUUGCAUCAUUCACAUCCAGGAACUUACCCAUACCUCCCAUUCAACAUUCAUACUCCAAGCAGUGAAGCACCUACACUCAUCCUCACGUGAAAAUCACCAAAGCCAUAGAAUAGAAAAGACAAUGCUGAUUGAAUCAGCACAAGGGAAUCCCCGAACCCCUUCCAAAUAUCUAACUGUCCCCAUGUGACUAAAAGAGGGUUAUAUAAUCCCCCCAUUCCUAAACCCUCAACCCCAAUAUUCUCACCAGUUUGUACCAUCAACUCCCAUCAUCAAAACCCACUCAACUGCAUAGUAGCACUCAACUCAACACCAAAAUGUUCUACUACGACCCCAACCUCAGCAGCGUCGAAAGCAUCGAUCAUUACCACGCAGGCGGAUACCACCCCGUGCACCUCGGAGACAUCUUCAACGAGAAAUACAAAAUCGUCGGGAAGAUUUCCCACGGGGUGUAUUCUACCGUUUGGCUGGCACAGAAUCAGCGAGAGUAUGUAUCCCCCCCUGCAAAAUGCCCACUCAGUAAUCAAGAAGUGGUAUUGAAGAUAAUCCAAGCCGCUGAAUCAGAUCUCACCCCCGAGCGAGAAAUCCUAGACUUCCUAAAUGGUGUCAGGGGAAAGCAUCCGGGACAUAAGCAUGUCGUGAACCUCCUUGAUCAUUUCUAUCAUGAAGGAGCGAAUGGAACGCACUUGUGUUUGGUUCUCCCUGUUAUGGCGGGUGAGUUGCAGAGGUUGUAUGUGGAUGGGAAGAGACGACUACGGGCGAGGGAGCUGAGGAGGUUGGCGAAGGAGUUGUUGCAGGGGGUGGACUUUUUGCAUGAGAGGGGGGUUGUUCAUUGUGAUUUACAUGCAGGCAAUAUCAUGCUCAGACGUACUGGGACGAUCAAUUAUCAUGAUAUGCUCAAGCCUGUGGUGACGGUGCCUGUGACGUGGGAUAAGGAGGCGACGGAGGAUGAGGCCAAGACUGCCCCUAGGUAUUUGGUCAGGUCGCAGGUGUCUUCGCUGCGGUUGACAAAAAAGGAAUUUGAAGACGUGCAUGUGGUGAUUGGGGAUCUGGGGGCUGCGCAGUGGUCUCAUGAGUGUGGAGACUUGCCGAUAACGCCGUUGCCGUUGCGCGCUCCGGAGGUGAUCCGAUGGGGGGGGUGUCCGAGAGCGUUUGAUACGAAGGCGGAUAUUUGGACUUUGGGGUGUUUGGUUCGUGCCCUUUCCUCUAUUUUUAAACUCGCGACGGGGAAGAUACUGUUUCCGGUGGAUAGAAAGGAAGAUAUGAAAGCCGAUGAGAGCCAACUUGCAUUGAUUGAGCAGAGAGUUGGCUCACAAGGUCGGGAGACUUUUGCAAAGUAUCUUGCGACUCAACUGCCUAGGGAUUUUGGAGAGGAGAACGCGAAACUCCUGGCUGAAUUUUUGUUGUUGAUGUUGCAGAUAAACCCGCAAAAGCGGCGGUCAGCAGUCUCUUUACAGAGGACUCGUUUUAUUCGGAAUGAGGAUUAG